AUGGACAUAACCGACGAAAUUAGGGCGAUCAGCAAUACCACUCACCGUCGAAACUGUCAGACGCCAGUUUCUGAGUCAAACGUUGACGUUGACGUUGACGUGCAUCUCCUGCCCUGCUGCAUUGAGCACAACGGACCAGCUGCCGUAUCGCGUUUUUUCCGUCCAUUUGACGCCAAAGAUGUGACUAUGGCGGAUGGCACUGUGCCGUUGGAAGCCGCAUUCAGAGGCAGGAGGCUUCUGGGAAGGCGCCUAGCCCUUCCUGACGGCUAUACAGGUGAUGUUGAAAUCUAA